AGAUGUACAAUAAAGCUGUUGCCUUUGCAUAUUCGUCAAUUGCGUUUAGACCAUUCCAUUCGAUGAAAUCUUAAUUUUUCGUUAAAUUUCCAGAUUUAUAAAUCCGCAAAAUUUACCUUUAUAAUCGUACUUUGUAAUAUAGAUCGAUAACGAUUUUGAGAUAAUCGCAAAAUAUCAAACAAUUGAUUUCAUUACCGAGAUAAAACUUAGCGUAUGCGCCGGUUUGACCGACAUUUAGAGGCUUCUUUUCAUACGGUGCGUGUCAUUCAAAGUUAACGUGGUCAGCAGAGCAUCAGUGCAAUUAGGCAAAUUCUGAUACAAAUAAAGAAAUUGAAUAAAUAAUUCCAACGCAAUAAAAUGGCUGAGAUAAAUGAAAAUGCAAAAAGUAGUGAUUAUCAACUGGAUGUGGUUGAUCCUCAUUGUGUUGCCGAAAAUCCAGUGAAGGUGACUUUUCACGAGAUCACUUCGGCGUCGUAUCUCAUCAAAUCGGGAAUUGAAUACACUCCAUGCACGAAAUCGAGGUCGACAUACAACGGCAUGGAUUUAUAUCUGAAGAAAGAUCUACUUCAAUAUACGGGCAGUUUUAAAGAACGUGGUGCGCGAUAUGCAUUGUUGAAAUUAAGUGAAGAAGAAAGAAGGACUGGAGUCAUUUCGGCCUCUUUGGGCAAUCAUGCACAAGGGCUGAGUUAUCAUGCGUUCAAACUUGGUAUCCCGUGCACAGUAGUAAUGCCGGUCACUGCUCCAAUUAUGAAGAUUCAAAGAUGUCGCAGUUUCAAUGCGGAAGUUCUUGUUCAAGGUGCGACUAUGGCGGAGGCUAGAGGUCUAGCAUUGCGAUUGGCAAAAGACCGUGGUCUCACUUACAUCAAUGGCUACGAUCAUCCUAAUAUUAUUGCUGGUCAAGGGACAAUCGGUCUAGAAAUCUGUGAACAAGUUCCGUUUCCAGAUGUCGUAGUCAUACCGGUUGGUGGAGGUGGUUUAAUUGCUGGCGUUGCCACGGCCAUAAAAGCAAUGAGCCCAUCAACCAAGAUCAUCGGUGUUGAAUCGGAAAAAUGUCCGAGUUUUUCAAAAGCAAUGGAACAAGGGGAACCAGUCGCAGUAAAAAUUGAACCAACUUUAGCGGACGGUUUGGCCGUUCCAAUGGUUGGUUAUAAUGCUUUCAAAACGGCCGCCCCAUUGAUGGACAAAAUGGUUGUUGUAAAAGAAGAAUGGAUUGCAUUGGCUAUUCUACGCUUGGUUGAACAAGAAAAGAUGGUUGUCGAAGGAGCUGGCGCUUGUGGAUUGGCCGCCAUAAUGGCUGGUCAGUUGAAUGAAUUCAAAAAUAAAAAAGUGGUUUUACUUUUGUGUGGUGGGAACAUUGAUACGACUACAUUUGGACGAUGUUUAGAACGAGGCUUAGCAAGCGAAGGACGUCUUCUUAGGUUUAACGUUACGUUGGAUGAUGGCCCAGGUGGAAUAGCUCAAUUGUGUCGAAUCUUAGCCGAUAUUGGUGUGACUAUCAAAGACAUAAUGCAUGAACGUGCAUGGCUGAGAGACAUCUACAGCGUUGAGGUUAAAGUUGUGUGUGAAACACGCGAUUGGGAACAUGCCCAAGAACUACGUGGGGUUUUACUCGAAAACUACCGUGAUGUUGUCUUCAAUGAUAUCCCAUUGGCUUUGUCGAGUGAAAUGUAAAUGUAAAUGAAAUGUAUUGGUAAAAUUGCAACACAGCAAUAAGAUCAACUUUUUACGUCACCAAUUUCAAAUUACUCUUAGUAACUAAUCCGCCUGAUGGAUUGAUAUGCAUAUGCCAUAAAAAAGUAUUUUGUAGAAUAAAUAAAAGCUUAACCUUGAUUUCUACUGGAAGAGAUAAACAAGUCAUAUGAGAGAGAAAGAGAAUAAUCGAAAUAAACCGUUGGGCAACUUACCUUGAAUUAAUUAGUUAAUAAUAACACGCAUUGAUAACGAACC